AUGCCCAGCACCCCAGUGCAUCUUGCCAGUGCACGCCCGUGCAUCCCACCAAUCGCGGUCCAAGUGCGCAUGUGCUCCAGCGACACGCGGUGCGUCUCUGCGUGCACUGCCGACCUGCCAGCGCCUCCAGCGCAUCAUCUGCCGCGUCCGCCCGCACCCUGCCGCCUGCUAGUACCCGAGACCAAACGAGGCUGUACCAGUGGUGUACCAGCGCGCCCAGCAGCCAGCCGGGGAACAGCCCGCGUGCGCGCUCGAGCCCUUGAACUGAGCCGUGGUCGGGUUGACCCCCAGGAGAUUCAGCGAGCGGACCAGAAGCAUAGAGGGAAUGACCGAUGUGGAGACAGACCUCCUCCACUGUCCGUGCAGCCAUUACAGCAGAUACCAGCAUAUAGACCUCCGGUUUGUGCCACUUGUGGUCAGAGGCACCGAGGAGCAGGUUUGGUGAGACAAAACGUGUGUUGUCACUACAGGAGGCUAGUUCACAUGGCCAAUGAUUGCCCAGAGCAUGCCCAGAACCACGAACAGCAGCUGCAGCAGGACCAUGAAGAUAGCAUUUUACGAGACAAAAGCGGGGAUCAUGUUGUGAGAUAUGUCGACAAUGAUGAAGAGCCUAAGAAAGAGAGAUCACCAAGAGUUUGUAGCAACCAUUGGCUGGAGCCAAUAGCCAAACUAAAAACAAAGCAACUAGCACAGCCAAAGAAGAGAAAGUGGGUCCCUUCUCGGAUUCAUAAGAGGCACAAGCGUGGAAGAACAUGCCAACAAGAUGUUCCACCUUUCUCUCCAAUCAUUCAACCCAAUCAGCAGGUACCAGCCGACCCACCUAGAGAUCGUAAAUGCCCUACCUGCGAUAGCAAACCAUCACCCUGA